CCCUUAGAAGGAAAGCCUUUCAGACUUUAAGCAGGAGAGCAUUUUUCUGAGUGGCAGCAAAUCUCCAGUUCAUAAAAGUCAUUGAUCAAAACCACUUUUCUGCUCAGUGACAAGUUAAGAUGCGGCCCGCUUAGGAGUAAAUUAACUUUAAAAAAAGCGAGUAUGGACGCACCAUCUGGAACUUGAUGGAUUCACACAUAGGCUAACUUGUCUGGUCUAGUGUCAAGCUGUUUCUCGCCUAAGUCUUCCUUCUCUGCAGCUUACAGCCAUCAACCUGCAGCUCCUGUAGACUUUGCCUGCGUCUGCGUCGGACAGCUUCUCCCAGGCUAUGAAAAGAUGACCACAAACUAAUCCGCGGGUUUGUUAUGCUGGAUAAUCUCCGCAAAUCUUCCCAUUUACUAGAAAGGGAGGGAGGGGUCCGUCCUAGCGGGGAGAGGUGGCCGCUUUGCGAGGCGGUGGAGGUGGGGAGGUGAGCAGCGCAGUCCGCGGCGGAUGCCAGGGGCAUGGAGAUGUUGCGCCGCUCCUCUGUGUUUGCGUCUGAAGUGUUUGACCGCUCACCCACCGACAAGGAGCUGGUGUCCCAGGCCAAAGCACUGUGCAGGGACUACAUUCACUCCAGGCUGAACCGUGCCGGGAUAGGCUGGUCUAAGCCUGAACACGGACUGGCUGCAUCAGGUGGGACACUGGGGGAGAUAUCGUCGGUUCUGCUGUGGCUGGGCGAUGAGUUGGAGUACCUUCGACCCAACGUUUACCGCAACGUAGCGCGACAGCUCAACAUCACAGUGGCGUCAGAGAACAUUGUGUCUGAUGCCUUCCUGGCUGUGGCUGCAGAUAUUUUCUCCACAGGUGUGACGUGGGGGAAGGUGGUUUCCUUGUACGCCGUAGCAGGAGCCUUGUCAGUGGACUGUGUUCGCCAUGGUCAUCCAGCUAUGGUUCAUACCAUUGUCGACUGCAUGGGGGAGUUUGUCCGUAAGAGCCUGACCUCGUGGUUAAAAAGGAGAGGGGGCUGGGUGGAUGUAACGAAAUGCGUGGUGAACACUGACCCCAGCUUCCGCUCUCACUGGCUGGUGUGUGCUGUCUGUUCCUUUGGACUCUAUCUGAAGGCAACCGCGUUAUACCUCCUCAGGGAGAAGUGAAAACAAAAUCACACACUGGAUUCUGUGCAGACAGACCAGCACUGUACACCACCAUCACCACUCCACUGAAGCAUCCACUGCUUUGGAUUAUGUUUACACUCAUUUGCACUGAACCUUCAAUGAUCAACACGUAAACCAUUACAGAAAACAGACUUUCUGUGCAUCUUCCGCUAACUCCUUUUAUUUAAUGGAUAUAUUAAGGUACACGUUUGAUGUGAAUAUAUAAAAUCACCCACUGUUAAUAUUUUUAGCUUUUCAUUUGUCCUCAAACAGCGGACCUGCUCAUUUUGCUCCCUGUUUGGCAGUGCUUUGGCUUCCCCUAGUGGUUGAAAAAGGUGACUACGGUAUAUUGACACUGAUGACCAAUUUUCAAUGUGGUAUUGUAUUUUAUUUUGGAGGUAAAACAACUUAACAUCCGUUUUUUGUCUUGAGAAUGUUCCUCGGGAUCCUGAGGGCCAUUAAUGAGGACUUGGUCUUACCAACAUCUCCACUUCUUGCCUGGAUGGCAUAUGGCCUAACAAACUAGUGCAUGCUAGAUAAAUGCAAAAUACACCAUGUUUUCUAACAAAGAGACUGUACAAAUAUUUGUAGGGUGAUGGGGUUCAGAAAAGGUUUAUGAUUUUUUUUUCUCACUGAAGGGAGUUAAUUUUUUGGAGGAGAGCAGGGGAGGCUGUGUUAUAUUUUUUUCUCACUCUAGAUUUAUAUUUUAUUUCAGUCUUCCCAUGCAAGAAUUGUGAUUUUCAUCAUCACAAUAAGCUUCUAGCAAACAGGACCAGCAUGCCAGUUUUUAGAAACAUAUCUUUGUGGAUAUUAUUGAGUAAAUGUUAACUCUAGCAAGACGUAACGUUCCUUCACGUUGUUCUACAUUACAACAGAAAGUUACAACAGAAAGGAAGGAAAAACUAGAUGUGUCAUAAGAAGUUAGUCUGUAAUAUAAUUCAAGUUCAGAUUCACAUGUUGCGAACUUUCCUACUAAUUCAUGUGAAGUCAAGUGAAAUGAAACAUUUUGACUUGGGUUCCUUUAACUUAUUUAUGUUUAAAUUGGGGUUAAAAUUAUUUAUACUUUUCUUCUUCUAGUGAAUAUUGGGGGAAGAUUGUCCCAGGUUUUUUCAGAGACAGGAGAUGAGAAAAGAAAAUAUAAAUUCGGAGGGCAAACUAAAAGUAAACUAUAAGACCCCCCCCCCUCUAUUUUCAUACAGUCCCUAAUGAGUGUGAUGAAUUUAGCCUACAAUUACUACAACCAUAUAUAUGUACAUGCGUAUUUCAGACAGCACUAUACAUUUAACGCAACUUUGUAAAUCUCUCUCUUUGUUGUUCACUGUAAAACAGUGUAUUUUUAUUGCUGUACUGCAUUUGCAGUAAUGCAAGUUACAGAAUAUUUUUCUGUAGAGUAAGAGCACUUGAAUAAUCUUUAAUUUUGUGAGUAGAAUUUAUUCCAUGAAUAAUUUCACAUUAAUAUGGCACGUGGCACUAGGAGUCCCAGAAAAUAAACACAUGUUUUUGAGUGAUUUGCAGCUAUAAAUAUUAACAAAAACAAAUGGUUCUUACAACAAUGUGUCAAGUCUGUAGCUGCAGCUCCAGAAGGUAAGUGGGCAAAUGGCCCACUAGAGGGGUCUUCCAGAUUAAAUAAAGGGCUUCUAAAGCCAAUAUAAAUGGUACAUCAUUAGCAAGUGAUACUGUAUGGGACAUGUAAUCCCAGGCAAAUGAUUUAGUGCUUGAAGGUCUAGUAACAAGCAUUUGAACACUGUGUUAAUGUAGCCGUAUUGUGAGAGCAGAGGAUGUGAUUUAGUUUUCUAUACACAGUUAACGGUUAGAAUUAAACAAGACAUUUUGGCUCUUUGCAGUACAAGUUGCACACUGAAACUUAUGGAAACUGAAUGGAAGCAAUCCGAAAAUUCUGUAACAGGAGUUUGUGGGCAAAACCACAACUUUGUGGAGUUAGCUUGGUGUGUAAGUGUCCAGACUAUAUUUCUGUUAUAUCAACCAAACAACAAACGUAAAAAGUUAUGAUUUUAGACCAGAAAUAGAAACACCGUGAACCAUCUUUGACUGGCUUUACAGUAAAUUAUGCUUUGGAAGCUGAGGUUUAAACAACACAGUGCCUCAGCACUUUCAAUUAAGUUCAACUCAAUUAAAUUUUAUUUAUCUAGCGACAAUUCAUAACACAAGUUACCUCAUUGCACUUUUCAUAUAAAGCAGGUCUAGACAUUACCCUUUGCAAUAAACAACAACCACUUGGUGACAGUGGCAAGGAAACACUCAUAUACUCAGGCUGGGUGGCCAUCUACUGUUUUAAUUUUAGUAGGACUACGAGCCUUUUGCUUGACACAGCUCUUUUUUGUUUCUUCCAACAUGCUUUUUCCAAUUUUCACCCCAUUUUUUAUUACAGUUAAUCAUUGAAAGUUUUGAGGCUUGAAACUGCAGCAAUAGGACACAAUUUUAAAACCUUGCACCAGCAGUGUUGCUCUGUCAAAACCUCCAGUAAGACAAAUUUAUCGGGCAAAGACUUUGCUCAGUCCAGGUCCAUUACUGAUCAGCAACACCAUGGUUCACUGU